CCGGUUUUCAGAGUUUGCCUUGCCGGGGCUUUCAAACUCUUUUGAUACCUUUUGGACGCAAUAGAGCUGGGAACCCCAAAGAGCUGCCACGUCAUAGAAAAGACACUCCAGCAAGAGCCGACGAAGGGGUCUGGGUGCUUGGCCCCAAGUGAACUGAUCAGUGCGAACAUAUUUGCUGCCUCAAUGAUGGUAAAAUGUACAAUGCUGAACGAUGUCAUGAUGUUUUUGGCCCUCACUGAUCUUCCAAACGUUGGUAUCACGAGCUGGUGGGUUGGAAAGUGUGAGAUGUCGCAAUCAGAUCCAGAGGCCACUGACCCGGUCUGCCGUGGCGUGGGGUUGUGCCAUGUUGUGCCAGAAAACCGGUGCAGGAGAGGUGCGGUGCCAUGACCUCCGCUAUGGCGGGGUUUUGUGGUCGAGAUCCUUUGACGAAGGCGUGAAUGCGGCACCGGCCAUCGGACCUGGCCCAAAGAAUCAGAGCAUGGUGGUCGUGGCUGUGGGCAACAAUCCGGAGUGUUUGCCUGAGCCCAUCAUUGCCACUCCCAAGCACGCACAGAUCCUGGCCCUGGAUGGCCAGGAUGGCUCGACGCUUUGGAGCUUCACCGCACCGGAAUACUCCUUGUCCUGCGCUGGCAACACGCCCACGGAGAUUUGCUGCCCAAGCAUGUGGAGCCAGCCGACUAUUGCCAGCGAUGGUCGAGUUUAUGUGAAUUGGUCCGGUGGAAAGCUCUUCUCGCCGCUUUUCGAGCAAUCAUUUGGAUCAUGAGGACAUAUGAACACCUACCAAUAUCUGAGAGCAAUCCUUUUGAUCAUGAAGACCUACCAAUAUCUAAAUUGAACGUCGGGUCAAAAGUACUUCUUCAUAAUCUUCAUACUUUUUUCGGUUCUUCUUUCGGAUGGAGCGGCCCGUUCUCGAGCGGAGCAAAAGAGAUCGUUUCACCGGCACCAGAUCCAUCGCGGCUUCAUCCGAAGACGACUCCGAAGAGUCCGAAGGGAACCCAUGGGCCUCUUCCGAAGAGCCUCUUCCCCUGAAGAUGAGCUGUGAGCCGUUUUCCAACAUGUUUUGAGCCUCUGAUUUUGAUUUUGGAACCACAUGUUCCAUGAUUUUCACAAAUAGUGAACAGUUUGUGAGCUAUUGGUUGGUGAUGUGUCUACAGCCAGGCGCCCAGACGAAACCUUUUGCCUCAGGUCCCAGUUUGCAACUCCGAGGCGUGGAACCAACGAGUUGAACCGCUCCGAAACACCCGCCGAACCGUCCAGAUGUUUUGGAUCUGGGCUGCGGAUCUGUCGCACCGACCCUCGUGUGGACGGCCCGCCACUCAUCGCCCAUCCCGGGUAUUCAGCCGUGUUGACGCUGCGGAUGACCCAAAUGAGGCUCAUGGAUGUGGACCUCGACGGGAAGAUUGACCUGAACGAUCCCAGGGAGUUCUCCUUUUACCACCA